UUACCCAACUAAUCCAAACUCCUAUCUCUACUCCCCUCUUCCUCCUCUGCCCUCCCCUGCCCUGCUUUUCCUCUGUUUUCUUGCUCCAUCUCCGUACCUUCCUCAUGGCUGCAUCCAUUGUGUGCAGAGUAGCAUUGAUAGUGGCGACGACGGCGGCGCUUCUUUCCCCGGCGGUAAAGGGGAAUUCGGACCAAGUAAUAACUACCGAUGAGGUGGACUACCCAAUUACCAGCGCCGGGUGUGAUUUUUACUCGGGGAGAUGGGUUGUUGCCGCCGGUAGUGAUAUUACGACGAAGGAGGAGGCGGCGGCGGAGGAAGAGUUGGGGCAGGCGGCGCCGUUCUAUGACGUGUCGGAGUGUCCCUUCAUCGAGCAGGAGUUCGAUUGCUUGAAGAAUGGACGGCCGGACAGGGAGUAUCUGCGUUACCGAUGGCAACCCAAUGGCUGUGAGCUCCCCAGGUUUGAUGGGGAAGAUUUCCUGUCAAAGCUGGCCGGCAAGAAGAUGAUGUUCGUCGGAGACUCACUGAGCCUGAACCAGUGGCAAUCCUUGACAUGCAUGCUCUACGUCUCCUCCCCACAACCAAACAGACGCUACACCUUGACCAGAACAGGAGACGUCUCCACCUUCACCUUCCCGGCCUACAACAACACACAGAUCCUCUUCUCCCGCAACGCCUUCCUCGUCGACAUGGCGGCGGACGACGUCGACGGCGUGGUGAUGAAGCUCGACUCCGUCGCCGAGCAUUCCAAGCUGUGGCAAGGGAUGGACUUCUUGGUCUUCGACACGUGGCACUGGUGGCUGCACACCGGCAGAAAACAGCCGUGGAAGACGAUCGAGCUGGGGAACAGAACGUUCCCGGAGAUGGAUCGGAUGGUGGCGUAUGAGACGGCGUUGGAGACUGCAAGUGAUUGGGGAGAGGCGAGCAGCGGCAACUGCAGGGGACAGACGCAGCCGGCGGCCUACGACGCCGGCAACUACCCGGGAGGUCCUCAUCCGGGGGAAGUGAUUCUCGACAGAGUUCUCCGGCGAAUGUCCAAACCCGUGCAUCUGCUGAACAUCACCGCCUUGUCGCAGCUGAGAAAAGACGGCCAUCCGUCCGUCUACGGCCACGGCGGCCACCUUUACAUGGACUGCAGCCAUUGGUGUCUGGCCGGCGUUCCUGAUACCUGGAACCACCUUCUCUAUGCUGCCUUGACUCUACAACCUUGAUUUUUAAGUCGUCUAUGUCACAAAUUAAUUAAUUUUUGUAGCCAAAUACACGUACCUUGUUCCAUUUUGCGACUUUUUGCUCUUCUUAUCUCAUGUUAUCUUAAUUUAUGUUACUAAAUGAUAUAACAUUCAUAAACAACUUACGGGUC